AUGAACAACAUUGAGCCAGCGGACAAUCCUGCAGUUGCCCUUCCUUUUACAAAUAGACAGAAGUCGGACACUCCAGCACCAAAAACACUUCCAGCUGCUCACCACCUAUCGCCAAGGACUCGAAAUGAGGUUGUUGCCUUUCUCGGGGAAUUUGUCGGUACAUUCUUAUUCCUCUUCUUCGCCUUUGCCGGCACUCAAGUUGCGAACAUGGUCUCCGUGUUAAAUCUCAACAUGAAACCAGAUAUAUCCAUCCUGCUCUACAUCUCGCUGUCGUUUGGCUUCAGUUUGACGGUCAAUGUCUGGGUUUUCUUCCGCAUCAGCGGUGGCCUGUUCAAUCCAGCGGUCAGCUUGGGUUUGGCUUUGAUCGGUGCGAUCGGUUUCCUUAGAAUGACCGUUGCCAUUAUCGCGCAGAUUCUGGGGGCUAUCGCUGCUGCUGCCCUCGUUUCUGGCUUGUUUCCCGGACCCCUACUUGUCCGGACAACGUUAAGUGUCGCGCCGAAAACCUCAGUAGUGCGUGGCUUAUUUAUCGAGAUGUUUUGCACCGCGCUCUUGAUAUUCACCAUAUUCAUGCUAGCCGCAGAGAAGCACAAAGGCACAUUUCUCGCCCCUGUUGGAAUCGGACUGUGUCUCUUCGUCUGUGAAUUGGCCGCUGUCCUCUUCACCGGUGGAUCGCUCAAUCCAGCGCGUUCCUUUGGACCAGAUGUUGUAGUGGGCAAAUUCGCAAGCACACACUGGAUCUAUUGGCUUGGGCCGUUCCUUGGAGCCGUCGUCUCCGUCCUCUUUUAUAGAUUCAUCAAAAUGCUCGAGUACGAGACAGCAAACCCCGGAGCCGAUGCGACACGUCCCAACUCGCCAAAUAGGGGACUUCCAUCAAGACGCGGAGUCAACGGUAGAGAAGAUGCCGGGGAGCGUGUGUAA